AUGCAAAGAGAGGAACAGGCCUUGAGCCAUCCUCUGGAUAUGGUCGCACAUGUUCAACCUUGGAUGUUGAUUCCGAUCAUACCUCUUAUACUGAUGUUUGAAGGUAGCGAACUUUCUUACGACACCGUGCUCUUCUAUAAACAUCAUUACGCUCCUGUUCAAGUUGCAUUGUUAAUAAUAUGUGGAGGGUUACUAGCUUUUUGUAUGGAAAUGUCAGGUGAUUAA